AUGGACAAGAAUUCGUCCCACCUCAACGGUAGCUCGCACCGUCGUCGACUUGUCAAAAAGUCAUCUCAUCAUUAUUCGCGCUCUUCCUCAGGUCUCGAUAGCGCCCACGACGCCCACUCCAUCCACAGCAAACGCAGCUCCUCGAAUAGCCUUCGGCGCACCCCCAGCGCUCCCCCACCCGUGCGACCAAACAACAACAUCGCCGGCGCCUUUGCUGCCUCAACCUCGUCUUCUCCUCGCCAUCCCUCCCAGGCUCAGCCCUCGAAUGUGUCACCGCUGCUGCAGCAGGGUCACUUCGCCGCCGCCGCCGCAGCCGUCGCACCCUCGUCUUCUUCGUCACGCCUUGCGUACCGCAACAGUCCGUCCUUACCCUCUGAGCAUCAGUUUCGCCAGCCCGCGCCCGCCCCAGAUUCCGCGCCCACUCCCGGAAAGUCAGUUCCCGACGAUUUCAUCGGCGCUCCGUUUGACGGCGCCGCCAUCCUGAGCAGCAUCGACUCGGCAUCCUACAGCCCUGCGCCCGUCGCUGCUCCUUCACCAGCUGCAUCGACUGCCAGCACCGCCACUACCGCCAUCACCACUCCACGCACAUCCAUCCCCGCCCAACCGCCAAAGUCGUCUUCAACAACCGCCGUCGUUGCUCGCGCCGCCGCACCCAUAUUCCGUGCCGUCAGUACCAACAAAACCAAACCCGCCCUUCGUUCCUCCAAAAGUGUCACGACCAUGGAUUCAGGCGUCACCCUCGUCGACAAGUCGGGCACCCGGGUCGAGUCACAGGCCGCCACGCCCAAUAGGUAUUCGGACGAGUCCGGCGGCAUCCCCUCCAAACCGCCCACCGUCCGCAAGAAGUCGGGCUUUUCUGGUUUCGUCAACAGUCUAGUGGGCUCCCAGAAGAAGCCCAUGAUUUCCGCACCAGAGAAUCCCAUUCACGUCACCCAUGUUGGCUACGACAGCUCUACUGGUCAAUUUACGGGUCUGCCAAAGGAAUGGCAACGCUUAAUCAACGAAAGCGGCAUUCCCGAAAAAGAGCGCCGCGAGAACCCCCAGACCAUGGUCGAUAUUUUGCAAUUCUAUAAAGAGACCACAGAGAGGGCCCCCGAGGAUCAGAUUCUCGAAAAAUUCGGCCACGCUGCCUCAGACAGAUCACAAUAUGCCACUCCCAACCCUUCCAACCCAACAUCGCCAACCAUGUAUCCGACCAACUACAUGGGAAGCUUUGAGAACCCCCGAGCUGCGCCUCCAGUCCCUGCCAAGGGCCAUGGCCUACCCUCGUCGAAAGACAUGGUGCCCAGCCGACCUGCACCGCGCCCUCCCGUCAGCAUGGGCAAUCGAGCCGGCCCUCCAAACGCAUAUCCUACGCCAAAGGAUUCUGGUGUCAGCAUCAUGAAUAACGAGGCAGAAAGUGGGCCCAUGCUACCCGAAGAGCAUCGCUCUCGAUCAAACUCGCGUGUUACAGGCCCUGCACCAUUCUCACCGCAACAGACCGGCUCGCCUAGUUCUGCGCAACCUACCCUUUUCCAGCAACAGCAGAUGAUUCAGCAGCAGCAUGAGCAGGCCAUGGCCCAAGCUCAAGGAGCAAUGUCUGGCCAGAUCGGACGAGCUUCUAGCAAGAGACAGCCAACUCAAACCCCGUCCCCUAUUGCUGCAGCAUACGCCCCGCGCGAAGCCAACGGAGUCCGCCAUCAGCCUGGCAUAACUCCGAACCCACAGGCACGACCUCGUCAUCGCUCCCGACAGAGCAACGGCCUCGACAUUGUCGCGGCGUUACGACGCAUUUGCACCGAGGGCGAUCCCCGCGAAAUCUUCCGGAGUCUGACCAAGAUUGGUCAAGGUGCAUCUGGUGGCGUCUACACUGGCUACGAGCGCAACACCAAUCAAUUGGUUGCCAUCAAGCAAAUGAAUCUCGAACAACAACCCAAAAAGGAUCUCAUCAUCAACGAAAUCAUUGUAAUGAAAGAGAGCUCGCACCCCAACAUUGUGAACUUUAUCGACAGUUAUCUCACUGGUGGUGAGCUCUGGGUGAUUAUGGAAUUCAUGGAGGGCGGCAGCUUGACAGAUGUCGUGACCUUCAACAUUAUGACCGAGGGGCAAAUUGCUUCAGUAUGUCGCGAAACGCUCAAGGGCCUGCAACAUCUGCAUUCCAAGGGAGUAAUUCACCGUGAUAUCAAGUCGGACAAUAUUUUGCUCUCCAACGAGGGUAAUAUCAAGCUGACUGAUUUCGGUUUCUGUGCCACCAUUAACGAGGCGCAAAACAAGCGCACGACCAUGGUCGGUACGCCUUACUGGAUGGCUCCCGAGGUGGUCACUCGCAAAGAGUACGGCCGCAAGGUUGACAUCUGGUCGCUCGGUAUCAUGGCCAUCGAAAUGAUUGAGGGCGAGCCUCCGUACCUCACCGAGUCACCGCUCCGUGCGCUUUGGCUAAUUGCAACCAACGGCACCCCACACAUCAAGAACGAGAGCAAUUUGUCAGAUGUCUUUAGAGACUUCCUGUACUUUGCUCUCAAGGUGGACCCCGAGAAGAGAGCUUCAGCACAUGAUUUACUGAGACAUGAUUUCAUGAAGCUAUGUGUCGAUCUCGGACAACUGUCGCCUCUUGUUCAAUCUGCACGAGAACAACGGGCUCACGAAAAGUUGCGCAAAGCGUGA